GCUCAUGAACUGUGCUUCUCGUUGACAAUGCCUCAAGUAACACCAGUUAUGCAUACAGGAAACUUAUCAAACAAUCUGUCCACUUCAGGCAAUAAAUAAUUUCUCUAGGGACCACCUGCACAAACUAGGAAUCUUUUACCUUCUACCUUGUUGAGUCUUUAAAUUUUUGUGUCGCAUCAACCAACAUCAAAAAAACAAUGUCUCUGUUUUGCAACCGUUUCUUGCUUCUUUCGUUUCUCCCCUCUGUGGUAGAAGCUGCACUACUUAGUAGAGUGGAACGACUGCAAUCCAGAUCGACGUAUGCCUCAUCCACCGAUUACCCGACACCUACAGGGAAUGAGAGCGCUUAUGAUAUGGGAAUAUUCGUAGUUACCGGACUCACUUUAGAGCAUAAGAUAGUCUCACUUUGUGCCAUUUCCGAGGGAAAUGGCUGCCAUGGAUCUAGACCCACAAUGGGUUGUUGAUAGACCGCGUGACACCGUUGAAGAUGGGACCAUAGACGGAAACUGCUUGGAAGUAAGCGGGUUUCGCUCGCCGUUAUGG